GCAAGAACGAAAAUGGAAUCCGCAGUUCUCUCUCUCCCGUCCCAACCGUAAACCUUCUUCUCCAGAAAGAACCCUAAUCUCUCUCUCUCUCUCAUACCUACGAAGACUCCAGAUUCAAAGGGUAACGAACAGAGUCAUCAUUUCUUCCAACUUCUGUUAAGAACAGAGUCGAUAAUCAUGUCUUCACCCAGCAAGCGCAGAGAGAUGGACUUGAUGAAACUGAUGAUGAGUGAUUAUAAGGUAGAGAUGAUCAACGAUGGAAUGGGUGAAUUCUUCGUUGAAUUCCAGGGUCCUAAAGACAGUCCUUAUGAUGGAGGUGUGUGGAAAGUUAGAGUGGAGCUUCCAGAUGCUUAUCCUUAUAAAUCACCUUCUAUUGGAUUUGUGAACAAGAUUUACCAUCCAAAUGUUGAUGAAAUGUCAGGAUCAGUCUGUUUGGAUGUUAUUAACCAGACAUGGAGCCCUAUGUUUGAUCUGGUAAACGUAUUUGAAGUGUUUCUUCCUCAGCUUCUUCUAUACCCUAAUCCAUCUGAUCCCCUGAAUGGAGAGGCAGCAGCACUGAUGAUGCGUGAUCGAGCUUCAUAUGAUCAAAUGGUGAAAGACUUUUGUGUGCGAUUUGCAAAGCCAGAAGAUGCUGGUGCUGCACCGGCGGAGAGUUCAAGCGAUGAGGUUGAGCCGAGUGAAGAUGAAUAUUGUUCCGACGAUGAUGCAAUUGUUGGAAAAGCCGAUCUUUGAGUAUCAUCAUCUGGACUUAUCUAACAUCGAAUAAUGAUGUCUUUGUUUUUUAUGAAUCACCCAUUUGAGCAUUUGGUUCAAUUGUUACAAAUAUUUGAUCAAAAGCUUAUGGGAUGAAUAUAUCAUUUUCAUCUAGAUUGAAUCAGUAGUACUCUUAUAUCUAUACAUUGCUUGUAUCA